AUGGAGCACGAGGGCCCAGUGCCGGAUCUUGGCGCGUAUACAGCGACGCAUGCAGCGCAAGACGGGGACGAUGCGCUUUUUGCGGAGCUCGAUAGGGAAGUCGAGCUGCUGAACGAGGCGGAUGCAGACGAUGCGGCGGAAAUAAGCGGCGGAAACGGCCGCGACGCGGACGGCAACCUUGCCGAAGCGUUCCAAGUGUACCGCGCACAGCGCAUGGCAGAGAUAGAGGCGCAUGUCGUGGCGCGGCGCGGCGCGGCACAGAGCGGCGAUGGCGGCAAGUACAGAGAGGUGCGCGAUGAAAAAGAGCUGCUCGAUGCGAGCAUCAGGCAGCCUAAAGUCGUGAUCCAUUUUGCGCACAAGGAUUUCCGGCGGUGUGCCAUUCUUGACCGGCAUUUCGAGCAGCACCUUGCAAAGCAGCAUCCCCGCACCUUGUUUGCGAAAGCUGACGUGCGCAACACGCCGUUUCUUGUGGAGAAACUCGGCAUCAAGGUGCUUCCCUGCAUAUUAGCAUUCCGCGAUGGUGUAUGCCAGGAAAAACUUAUUGGCUUCGAAGAGUUUGGCAAUGCAGACUCAUUCAGUACCGCGGCACUCGAGUGGCGGCUGGGGCGUGCAGGCGUCAUUCAGCCGCAGCAAAAAGCCACAAAACCCAUUCUGGGCUUUGGCGUACCGGCAGCGGCGCCGGACGAGGACGUGUGGGACGACUAG